CAGAGGAAGGGUUCCCGGGGGUCACACCAGGCACGCCGUUGACCUCUGGGCAACCAGUUGAUGAGAAAUUUUUCGACGUGGUAGCCCCUCUCAGUGUCCAACUUGCCGUGGUAUACGGAUAUCAAAGACUUGGACUCGGAGCGCUGGGGAACACACUGCUGUCGACAGGGCCGAUUGGCGACCUCGAUGAAUCCGGUUCGGCAUGAGUACUCCCAAUUCGAUACAAGACUGACAGCUUCUGAAUUCUCACCUAAUACUACUCAACCGCAGACGCCUUUGUCUGGCUGAACUUGAACGACCGACUGCCAGCCAUGCCCAGCAGAUUAGUCAGCUCGGAGGCUGGCGAGCACCUCGGCGAGACGUGCGUUCCGGAAGUCGUAUUUCCGGCCGGAAACUCGGACUUUCGGGCGGUGCGGAACCGGUGUGCCCAGGCAUGCCGGGAAUUCAACAACACGCCCGAAGAUGCGGAUCCGGAGAUGCGGAGCCAAAAGUGGCUUGACAUUGUGCGCCCGGACCGUGACCGCAGCGAGGACGGUCCCGCAGUCACCCACGACCUAACGUUUGCCAACCCCAGCCUCAAGGCCAAAACGCCCUUUGUCAAGCCGCCAGUCUGGAUCGACUAUGGCGUCCGGCUCCACGUCGGCGGUUCUACGUUCAUCAACAGGGAUUGCAAGAUCAUGGACACGCCGGUCGCUGACAUUGUGAUUGGCGAGGGCUGCAAUAUUGGGCCCAAUUGUGUGAUUGUUGGGGUUAAACGUAAGUGGCGGCUACCAUGACGCUCCCGUGAGGGAAAGAUUCAUUCGAACCGUGAUGCUUCCCACAAACCAAGGAUCCCCUGCGGCUGGACGAACGCCUCAAGAGACACAGCAUCGGCCAGCCCGUUACAA